GUUGUUCAUAGGGACUUGAAGCCUAGCAAUAUUCUUUAUGUUGAUGAAUCUGGUAAUCCAGAAUCAAUUCGAAUUUGUGAUUUUGGCUUUGCAAAACAACUACGAGCAGAAAAUGGCCUUCUGAUGACUCCAUGUUACACAGCAAAUUUUGUUGCACCAGAGGUUUUAAAGAGGCAGGGCUAUGAUGCUGCAUGUGACAUAUGGAGCCUUGGUGUUCUACUUUAUACCAUGCUUACUGGCUACACUCCGUUUGCAAAUGGUCCUGAUGAUACCCCAGAGGAGAUUUUGGCUCGAAUAGGCAGCGGAAAGUUCUCUCUCAGCGGUGGUUAUUGGAAUACUGUUUCAGACACAGCUAAGGACCUUGUUUCAAAAAUGCUUCAUGUUGACCCACAUCAAAGACUGACUGCAGCCCAAGUUCUUAGUCACCCCUGGAUAGUUCACUGUGACCAGUUGCCUCAAUACCAGCUGAACAGGCAGGAUGCUCCCCAUUUAGUGAAGGGUGCAAUGGCAGCAACUUACUCUGCUUUGAAUCGUAAUCAGUCACCGGUUUUGGAGCCAGUCGGCCGUUCUACUCUUGCUCAGAGGAGAGGUAUAAAAAAAAUUACCUCAACAGCCCUGUGAAGUGACCUCAACCAGAUUUUUGGUACCAUGGCAUAAGAUGAUAGCACAAAUGAUGGCGACAGGUAGCACAUAUCUGACAGAUACCUGCAAGCACACUCUGUCCCAGCUGGUACCUAUAAUGCUGCUGCUCCUGCUGCUGCUACUGCUUUCAUCUGUUCUCGCUUUAAACUGUUAAUGGCAAGUUACUGAUCUUACUGGAGCUUCAAACAGAGUGACAAGUGGAAACACAAGGAAAACGAUCAUGUUGACGACUGAAUAAACCAGAAGAGUUAUGAGCGCCACCUCUGUCAAAAAUACACUGAAUAAAGCACUCUGCACCACAUAGCAUUAUUUUUAUAAGGAAUAUUUUUUGUCCCCUAAGAUAUUCUUCGUUACAGGUAGAGAUGGACGGUUUAUGUUAAGCACUUAGCUUAAACAAUCUGUUUAUAUUAGCACUAUAUACUUCGUGCCAUCCAACAUUUUGUAUGUUUUUGUAAACAGUUCACAAGCAGUACGUUUCUGUGCUGUUUCCUUUAAUGUAUACAUGCCUUGUUUUACUUAGAUAUUAUUAAUCAUUUUGACAAUUAAGUCUGAUUAAACAGUUCACCUGG